UGGUGGUCCUUUUCUUGGCUAAAUUAAGGACAGGCCAAGCAGUAAAUGCAGAAGAUUUACUUGGACAUUAACUUUCUCAACAAACAAAACCCGGAUUGAAAGAUGGUUGGAGACUUUUCAAGGUUGAAGAUGAAUUGUAUAUACAUCAGAUUCAGACUCCUGAAUUAUGAAAUCCAUUAGCAGCCUGAAAAUAAUGUGGUUUCCAACCUUAAACACAGUAUUCUCACUUGUUUCUCUGAUCUUGUUUGUUAUGCUACAUCAUAAUUCACUAAUUGUUUCUUCUGAUUCUAUCGAAGAAGCUCAUGCUCUGUUAAAAUGGAAAGCCAGCCUUCAAAAUCAUAGCCCUUCUCUCCUACCUUCAUGGUUUCUUUAUCCUCUUAAUGCCACUAGCAAUAGCUCAUGUACUUGGUCUGGUAUCUCCUGCAACCAUGGUGGAAGAAUUGUUAGAAUUAACCUGACCAAUACAAGUUUAAAAGGUACGCUUCAUGAAUUUUCAUUCCCAUUAUUUCCCCAUCUUGCAUAUCUUGAUCUUAGCCUGAAUCAACUCUUUGGUACCAUUCCACCUCCAAUCAGUAACCUCACCAAACUCAAGUACCUUAAUUUGUCAGCUAAUUACUUUUCUGGGAAAAUACCACCAGAAAUUGGUCUCCUACCCCGUCUGCAAAUCCUCCACCUCUUUGUGAAUCAGUUGAAUGGCUCAAUUCCAGAAGAAAUAGGUCAGUUAGGUUCUCUUAAUGAUCUUGCUCUGGAUGGUAACCAUUUGGAGGGUUCAAUACCAGCUUCUUUGGGUAAUUUAAGCAACUUGGCCUGUUUGUAUCUUUAUAACAAUUCACUUUCUGGCGCCAUUCCUUUAAACAUGGGAAAUCUCUUUAAUCUGGUUAAACUUUACAUUGGCGGAAACCAUCUAAAUGGUCCCAUUUUUUCAGGUUUUGCAAACCUAACAAAGCUAAGUAAGUUGCACAUGGCUGACAAUCAACUUUCUGGUUCCAUUCCUUGCGAGAUAGGAAAUUUGGAGUCCCUCACCAGUUUAUGCCUUCAAAAAAAUAAACUUUCUGGUUCAAUCCCAUCAUCACUAGGAGAUUUGAGAAACCUCACUCGUCUUCUUCUAGACGACAAUCAACUUUUUGGCUCCAUUCCUGAAGAGGUAGGAAAUUUGAAGUCACUUCUCGAUUUAGGAUUAAGCCAAAAUCAACUAAGUGGUUCUAUCCCUCUUUCUUUUACAAAUCUGAGCAACUUACAAGGUUUGCACCUCUUCAGAAAUGAACUUUCUGGUUCCCUUCCUGAAGAUUUUGGAAAUUUUAAGAAAUUAACUAGGCUUUCUCUUGGUGGAAACCAUUUCACUGGUAAUUUGCCUCAAAAUAUUUGCCGGGGUGGAUCACUUGAGUUCUUUACUAUAAAUGACAACCAUUUUUCAGGUCCAAUCCCUGAAAGCUUUAAAUAUUGUACAAGCCUAGUAAGAGUCCGCUUGGAUAGAAACCAACUCAUUGGCAACAUAUAUAAAGAUUUUGGCAUCUAUCCAAACUUGGAGUUCUUAGAUCUCAGCUCCAAUAGAUUUCAUGGUGAAAUCUCAUCUAAUUGGGGAAAGUUUCAACAAUUGAGCACCCUAAAAAUAGCAGGAAAUAAUAUUAGUGGAGGCAUUCCCCCAGAAAUUGGAAACCUGACUCAACUUCAUCUCCUUAAUCUUUCUUCAAAUCAUCUAGCUGGGGAGAUUCCAAAUGAACUUGGAAAGUUGACAUUUCUAAAUAAUCUGAUUUUGAGCGGAAAUCAACUUACAGGUGGAAUACCUUUAGAGCUUGGAUUACUCACAGAACUUGAGUACCUUGACUUGUCCGCAAAAAGAUUGACCAAGAGAAUUCCAGAAACUCUUGGACGCUUGUUGAAAUUGCACUACUUGAAUGUGAGCCAUAAUCAGUUUGAUCGAGGAAUUCCGGUUCAAUUAGGAAAGUUAAUUCAAUUAUCAGAGCUAGAUUUAAGUCAUAACUUGCUGAAAGGAGAGAUACCCUCUCAGUUGUGCAGUUUGGAGAGCUUGGAGAAUCUGAAUCUCUCUCACAAUAACUUCUCUGGUUUUAUACCAAGCUGUUUCAACAAUAUGCAUGGUUUAUCAUGCAUUGACAUAUCCUUUAAUGAGUUGCAGGGUCCUGUUCCCAAUAGCAAAGCAUUUCGAGAUGCUCCCAUGGAAGCAUUACAAGGAAACAGAGGAUUGUGUGGUGAUUUUAAUGGCCGAUUACAACCUUGCAAAGCUGUUAAGUCACACAAACAUGCCUUGGGAAAAGGCUUGACUAUAAUGUUUGUAAUUGUGCUUCCUCUUUUGGGAGCAUUUGCUCUUUCAAGUGGGCUAGUUGUGAUUUUCUGUAGAUUCCGACGAAGGAAGAGACUCCCAGAAAUGCAACAAAGCAAUGACAACAACGAAGAAUUGCUUUCAAAAUCAAUGUUCCAAGGAAAACUGGUGUAUGAUGAGAUCCUUAGAGCAACAAAGAAUUUUGAUGCCAAGUAUUGCAUUGGAGAGGGUGGAUCUGGAAGUGUUUACAAAGCUGAGCUAUCAUCGGGAGACAUUGUAGCUGUUAAGAAAAUCCACUCUCAUAUCAUCCGUGAUAGCAACAAUCAAAAAGAGUUCUCGACUGAGGUAAUGGCAUUGACACAAAUACGACAUCGGAAUAUUGUAAAACUGUAUNCUGGGGAGAUUCCAAAUGAACUUGGAAAGUUGACAUUUCUAAAUAAUCUGAUUUUGAGCGGAAAUCAACUUACAGGUGGAAUACCUUUAGAGCUUGGAUUACUCACAGAACUUGAGUACCUUGACUUGUCCGCAAACAGAUUGACCAAGAGAAUACCAGAAACUCUUGGACGCCUGUUGAAAUUGCACUACUUGAAUGUGAGCCAUAAUCAGUUUGAUCAAAAAAUUCCGGUUCAAUUAGGGAAGUUAAUUCAAUUAUCAGAGCUAGAUUUAAGUCACAACUUGCUGAAAGGAGAGAUACCCUCACAGUUGUGCAGUUUGGAGAGCUUGGAGAAUCUGAAUCUCUCUCACAAUAACUUCUCUGGUUUUAUACCAAGCUGUUUCAACAAUAUGCAUGGUUUAUCAUGCAUUGACAUAUCCUUUAAUGAGUUGCAGGGUCCUGUUCCCAAUAGCAAAGCAUUUCGAGAUGCUCCCAUGGAAGCAUUACAAGGAAACAGAGGACUGUGUGGUGAUUUUAAUGGCGGAUUACAACCUUGCAAAGCUGUUAAGUCACACAAACAUGCCUUGGGAAAAGGCUUGACUAUAAUGUUUGUAAUUGUGCUUCCUCUUUUGGGAGCAUUUGCUCUUUCAAGUGGGCUAGUUUUGAUUUUCUGUAGAUUCCGACGAAGGAAGAGACUCCCAGAAAUGCAACAAAGCAAUGACAACAACGAAGAAUUGCUUUCAAAAUCAAUGUUCCAAGGAAAACUGGUGUAUGAUGAGAUCCUUAGAGCAACAAAGAAUUUUGAUGCCAAGUAUUGCACUGGAGAGGGUGGAUCUGGAAGUGUUUACAAAGCUGAGCUAUCAUCGGGAGACAUUGUAGCUGUUAAGAAAAUCCACUCUCAUAUCAUCAGUGAUAGCAACAAUCAAAAAGAGUUCUCGACUGAGGUAAUGGCAUUGACACAAAUACGACAUCGGAAUAUUGUAAAACUGUAUGGAUUUUGUUCACAUGCCCGUCACUCAUUUUUAAUUUAUGAAUACCUUGAAAGAGGUUGCUUGGCCAAACUCCUGAUAAAUAAAACGGCUGCGAUGGAACUAGAUUGGAGUAAGAGAAUAAAUAUCAUAAAAGGUGUGAGUAAUGCUUUAUGUUACCUGCAUCAUGAUUGUGUGGUACCGAUUGUCCAUCGAGAUAUAUCAAGCAAAAAUGUGUUGUUGGAUGAAGAAUAUGAAGCUCAUGUUUCAGAAUUUGGAACGGCCAAAUUUCUCAACCCAAACUCGUCUAAUUGGAGCGAACUCGUGGGUACAUAUGGAUAUCUCGCACCAGAACUCGCUUACACGAUGAAAGUAACCGAAAAAUGUGACGUUUAUAGCUUUGGAGUGUUAGCUUUGGAGGUGCUUGCAGGGAAGCAUCCAAGAGAUUAUAUUUCCUCACCUUCAUCUUUAGCUUCAAAUGUGAACGUAUUGCUUGAUGAUAUGUCAGACUCACGACUCUCAUCUCCCUCCCUUGGUCUCCAUGGGAACCUAAUAUCCAUCAUGGAAGUGGCCCUUUUAUGCUUAAAUGUGAAUCCAGAAUCCAGGCCAACCAUGCAGAUUGUCUGUCAAAAAUUGGGCGACUAAUAUCUGGGAAGAGUUAG